CAGAUAGGGAGGGCGAAUGGCGAGUUUCCGGCGCCAUAAAACGGGGACCCAUCGGCUAAGGGAAGGAAAACCCUAACAGAAAACCAGGAUGGAGCAUACCAGCCGUAAAAAAAGCCGGAAUCUAAGGUGGAAGCCAUCGUGCCGAGGGAUGCAUGGCCGCACGGACGCGGCCGCGAACGAUGCCUCCGGGAAACAGGCAAACUCCCGGAGUACCUAGCCUUGCUGCUGCAUGCGGGGCUCUGCAGUGGUGGACGGAAUUUCCCUAGCUGCUCGUGGGAACAGAAAUGAACACAUCUACUGAUACAAUUGACCUAUGCGGGGGCGACCAGCCCGCGGAGGAGUCCUCCGAUGCUGGAAGAUCAGACCUAAAGGUAAAAGAUACCGAAGAGAAAAAGAUGCAGAUAGAGCCUACGGUAAAGCCUAGGAUACACAGUAGAUUAAACCUAUUGGGACGAGGGGAGAGAUGUAACUCCGUUUCUCUACCGGACCUUAAGAAGAGGAAGUUGGCAGACACGUCAAUGCUAGACCCUUCGCCAGCGGAACCCUACAAACAAAAAUUGAGCCCGGAAGCCUUUAUCCUAAAAGAAGCAAUCGAGAAGAACACAGACCUCGUGAAAAAACUUGUGAAACUUCUGGAAAUUGUGCCCAACACACACAAGGGGAUAAAAGAAAUAACAAGAAGCAUGAAAAAAAACUCAAAAGAAUUCGAAAUGGAGAGUCUUACCCAAUGGAUCAACGAACAUAAAUACGAGAAAAUAGAAAAAAUUACGUUUGACACCGAAACCCAAACACGAACCCAAACAAAAGUGACUUCGGAGGCGUCAACCCAAACCGAACCGUGGCAUGACGGUAAACACAAAGCUACCCUAAAAUCACUAGAAGGGAUCGAAAGCCUAGACAAUUACAGUCAGGUCGAGGGAAUGACCUGGGAAAAGGAACUAUUUAAACAAACCGAAGUAAUAGUGGGGAACCCAUUAACCACUGGAGACAAGAUUACCAAGGUGGUUUUAGUAGAACCUAAAGACCCAGAAAUGAACAAUAGCAUACAACGCUUGUAUAGAGAAAAGUUCCCUGAGCUCGCCAGCAUUCAAGAAGAUUUCGAGGUACUAGAGCAGACUACCAAAAUUAAGUCGAAGGAAUCGGCCGAGUUAAGCACCAGGAAGGUUAUCAAGGUUACGCAUGACGGGUCAACUAAAGAUAUUUGGGAGAAACUAAAUAAAAUUAGGGAGGAAACAGCGACAGACGAUAAGGUGGCGAUUCAUCAUAUCGCAAACAUCACUAACGAAAACCUACAAAAGAUGACUGAAGCGGUGUUUCACAGGAGCAACACAAGGGUAGCGAUCUUCACUACAGCUAGUACCAAAGAUUCAGAAAAGGAAAGAACCACUUAUGGAAUGCUAGUCAGCGAGGGGGGAAAAUCGUACAAAGAGAUACUCGGGAAAGUUAAAGCGAUCGUCGGCACUAACCAAUCAGCCAAGGCUAUCAGGAGCCUAAGAAGCACAAAAGACGGCAAGUUACUGCUCACCCUAGAGAAGGACCAGCAAGCAUUGAACAACCUACAAAACGCCUUAAAAGAUAGCACGAUGGGAUUAAAGACCAAAAGACUGGGAAGGGCCCAGCUAACCGCGAUACAUAUUAGAGGUAUGGAGGCCGACACUACGACAGACAUUAAAAAUGCCGUUAUCGAAGUUACUGGCACGUGGGACGAGGAAAACAAAUUAAGCGAACUCAGACCGCUUAGCAACGAUACGCUGGCAGCAACUUUGACCAUCAAACCAGGACACGCGGACAAAAUCCUGGAAGAAGGCACUCUCCGGAUUGGUCUCGUGAAAUGUAGAAUCGAGAAAAGGCUCAACAUCACUAAGUGUCAAAGGUGCUGGUCACACGAACACUAUUCGGAUAAAUGUACAGGGCCGGACCGUUCAAAGAACUGCUAUAGAUGCGGGUUGAGUGACCACAACUUCAAGGAGUGCAACAAUGAUGAAGCCUGCCUUCUGUGCAAUGAAAAAGGACAUAGAGUUGGCACCAUGAAGUGUCCGGAAUUCAAAACGGCGCUAAAGACCGCCAGACUAGAAGACAGGAAGAAAACCUCUUUUAAACUCACUCGCGGCAACGAAGAUGAAAAACCCGCCGGAAAAAGCACAGAUCUCGCUAAAAAGCACGAAACCGACACCAGUGAAGUAACUCCCAUGGAAGACCAGGACCACAUUGACUUCUGCAAGCUGAUUGACGAGGCCUGCGCAACCGUCGAAAUAUCGAACACUCUAGGAGAUGCCUCAUCUCCUACUCAAGCUUAAAAACCAG